AUGCCCCCCCCUGCGCCCGCGGCCCGGCUCCGGCUUCUCGCCGCCGCCGCCCUGGCCGGCCUGGCCGUCAUCAGCCGAGGCCUGCUGUCCCAGAGCCUGGAGUUUAACUCUCCCGCUGAUAACUACACGGUGUGCGAAGGCGACAACGCCACCCUCAGCUGCUUCAUCGACGAGCAUGUGACCCGCGUGGCCUGGCUGAACCGCUCCAACAUCCUGUAUGCUGGCAACGACCGCUGGACCAGUGACCCCCGCGUGCGGCUGCUCAUCAACACGCCCGAGGAGUUCUCCAUCCUCAUCACCCAGGUGGGGCUGGGCGACGAGGGCCUCUACACCUGCUCCUUCCAGACCCGCCACCAGCCGUACACCACUCAGGUCUACCUCAUCGUGCACGUCCCUGCCCGCAUUGUGAACAUCUCCUCUCCGGUGACGGUGAACGAGGGUGGCAACGUGAACCUGCUUUGCCUGGCCGUGGGGCGGCCAGAGCCCACGGUCACUUGGAGGCAGCUCCGAGAUGGCUUCACCUCCGAGGGCGAGAUCCUGGAGAUCUCCGACAUCCAGAGGGGCCAGGCCGGGGAGUACGAGUGCGUGACGCACAACGGGGUUAACUCGGCGCCCGACAGCCGCCGCGUGCUGGUGACCGUGAACUAUCCUCCGACCAUCACCGACGUGACGAGCGCGCGCACCGCCCUGGGCCGGGCCGCCCUCCUGCGCUGCGAGGCGAUGGCGGUGCCGCCUGCGGAUUUCCAGUGGUACAAGGACGACAGACUGCUGAGCGGCGGCACGGCCGAGGGCCUGAAGGUGCAGACGGAGCGCACCCGCUCGAUGCUUCUCUUCGCCAACGUGAGCGCCCGGCAUUACGGCAACUACACGUGUCGCGCGGCCAACCGGCUCGGAGCGUCCAGCGCCUCCAUGCGGCUCCUGCGCCCAGGAUCGCUGGAGAACUCGGCGCCCAGGCCCCCGGGGCCCCUGACCCUGCUCUCGGCCCUGGGCUGGCUGUGGUGGAGGAUGUAG